AAACUGGUGACAAGCGCCGACUAAAAUUUAAAACAUCAACCAUGUGUUAUAGUUGAAAUAACCUCCUCUUAGCGACGCUGUGUAGUUUAUAAUUUCUGUCCAAAGUGGAAAAAAUAGUUACAGGCGACGGCGACAUGGUCGAGUGGAUGGUUUUAGGAUUAACUUGAUGUUAGCAAACUGAAAUUGAGAAGCAAAGUUAGCUUACUAAUGCUAAAUCUCAUUAGCAGUACGUAUGAAGAGAAGUUGACUGUUUUAACAGGUUUGGUGGUUGUUUUCGCUGUAAUGACUGCACAGUUCUUGCACAGCGCUCAGAGUCCAGAGAGAGGCUGGGUUGCUUUAGGUUCAACUCGAAACGACCGCAGCGUUUUAACUACAAGGAUGUCCCAAACCAAGCUGUUGUUCAAUGAAGCCAUCCCUGCAAGUGCCAGCAACCGUGCCACUUGUGUGGGCCCGCCAGCACCUAUAGUGAUAGAGAGACUGCUGCCACUGUCAGAGGUGCGUGAGAGUGUGAACAGCACUAGAAGCUCCUUCAGCUUCACUACGGUCUCUGAGGAGAGGCUCCAGGUUGCUGUUAAGCUGGCCAAGCGAGAUCUAAGAAGAAGGCGUCUUGAGUCACUGACGAAAUCCGCUACGAGGCCUUCUCAAGAUGCCUCCCUCUUUGAAACAAGUGAUGUUGAGCUGCUACAGGAACUUGCCGCCACUCCAAGCAAGGCAAAGCCGAAGGCCUCCAGUCCAAAGGAGGAGGUUACCCGGCAUGGAACCAAACAGCAAAAAUCCCAGAAACAUCCCAUUUCUUCCAUGCCCAGGGUCGGCCUAUCACCCCCAACCAGAGACCCAGGCCCAAGGCAGGUGGAAGGAGGCAAACAUGCACCUUUAAGCCAUGAGAUUCGCAAACUGCAAAAUGAACUAGAAGUGUAUAUUCAGAAAGUGGAGGAGCUAGCUAACAGAGGAGAGAAAAUAGAGGAGCCAUUGGAACCUGAAGCACAAAGCAAGCUGGAGACACGAAGACAGAAGCAGGCAGCCCGCUCAGCACGCAUCAUUUAUGUUCUCCAGCAGCAGGUCAAAGAGAUACAAGAAGAUAUAGAAAAACUACGAAGCCAGAAAACGUGGGACACCAAAAAGUCCAUGGCAAUAAACAGGCUUGCAGCUGCCCACCGUGGAGCACUCAGGGCCUUGCAGGUUAUCAUCCACCAGCUUUCAGACCUAUCUCAUAGCAAGGUCCCCCCUCAUUACAAAGAACUGGGCCAGCUGAUUCGCCAGCUCUCUUUGUGCUCGGCUAAAAUAGAAGUGGACCAGGGUUCAGCUGUGCCUGAGACGGCCCUUGACAUCCUGCAGAAGCUAGAGACUUUGGAUUCUGCUCUCAGUAAACAAGAGAUGCUUGAGAAGAUGCAGGCCCAAGCACGUCCUCCACACAGGAAGUCUCCUCAUCGCAGCACGUCUCCCACUAUUGCACCCAAGGGUCCCAGCCGCUUAACUGCACCUCGAGGACCUUGCAAACCCACAAAUCUGAGGAGAGGUGUCCGUGCAGGGAGGAGAAAAGCCUCACAGAAGCCCAACACUACUGCUUCCCAGCCGGUGAACAGAAGGGAGGUGCUGAGGGCCGGCCUGGAGACCAUUGCCCAGCAGAGGGAGCUGAGGGAACUGCAGGGGCGAUCUCAGACAAACACCACCUACAGAAAAGGACUGCACUAUGAGAGAAGAAAGGCUGGCAUAAUGAAGCACAAUCAGAUGCAAGAUGCAGGCUUCCAGCAGCCUACAGUCUCCUCUCGGCUCAGAGUGAACCAGCUCCCUCAAAAAGAACCCUCCGUGCCAUGGAUACCUACAUCCCCUCACUCUCCUCCUCCACAACGGUCCCCUCAAAGGGGCAGACCAGAGCCUCGUUGUCUCUUCUCUCCAGCAAAGCCUUCAUCAAGCCCUCCGAAGCAGAAGGUGGGUGGUGGUUUGGAGGCAGAGCCAGCCCUGAGCUCAGAAAAGAAGAAAGACGCUCAGAAUGAAGCAUUAAGGAGAGCUUGGCUGGAUAAGAUGACUAUGCAGAGACUGAAAGAGCUCGACCACCUGAGUAAAGAAGAGACUGAACGCAUUCGGAGAUUAAGGUCUGAAGUUGGCUCGCCAACUCAGUGGGCUGAGAGAGCUGAGCAGGAGGCCAGAGACAGAAUUCAGCCCCUUCUGGAUGAAUACUUUGACUGUUUACUUCAACAGAUUGUUGAGUCCAGGACCAGGAUCAACUCGUCACUGAAGAAUCGGCUGUCGGAGCAGGCUGCAGAGAGGGCAGCAGAGAGUGCUGAGCAGCUGAGUGAGGCACUGCUGGAGGAUCUCUUGGAGGACACCACACGGGUAGCGUGGGCGGCCGAGGCAGACAGACAGUUGCAGGGCAUGGCCCAGCGUAGGUUGCAGGCCCCCACCCUGGAGAGUAUGCUGCUUCGCAUGGAAGAGAUACAGAAGGAUCAGGAGGAAGUGAGGAGACGGUUUGCUUCCAUCACUUAUUCAGAUCCUCUUUACUGGGAUCGGCCAGGAGCAGCAGGAUCCCAGUGCAAUGCUCCGGGCUCCAGGCCAGCCUCUCCUCAGCCAAUUAGGCUCACAAGGCCAGUGCUGAAGCAGACUUCUGCAGCUGAUAUUUUCCUAGAGAAGCCUGUCGAAACAGGCUUACUGUUUGAGAACAACCUGACGGAGGAGGAAUACCAAGAACAGCACCAGCACCAGCCCAGAAACAGCACCAUGUUCCCAGGCCCAGGGGAGGGAAACAGGGGGACUGUUAUCUCAGUGCCAGGCAGCAUGCUCGGAAACAUCCGAAGGUACCGUGAAGACUUUGAGGCCUACCUGCACGUUGUGGCUCACGAGGCUGUCGGCAGCUUCAACCCCUGGGCCGUCGCAGACAGCCUGGCAGAGGAGUUACUGUCGGAGGCUGUGGCUGACGUGGCAGCAGAGUUUCAGGAUGUUGUGGAGGAGUAUGCCGAGGCCGUGUUCACCUCAGAGUUCCUGCAGCCGGUCCAGUCACCUCCUGCUUCUGCGGCGGCGGCGGCUUUGGUCAGCCAGUAGGAUGUAGCAGGUAGCUUUAUGUGUUGGUGGAAAAUCUGCUUUCUAUCAGACCAGCUUGAUUUUUUUUUUUUUUUUUUUAAACCUACGGCUUUGAUUAUUUAUUACGAGCUUUGUACAUUUCCCAAGCAGAUUCUUCACUUUGGCGUGAACGUCUUCAACAUGUAUAUUUAUUUUGCACAUCGACAAAGAUCUGAAAACACGCUUAUAGAUCAUUACUUUGAUGUAACGACUUCUUCUCACAGGAGUUGCGGAUAUUUUUGCAAUGAAGCCGCAGCAGAUGAGAUUGUUGAACUGCACGGGGAGCAUUAGUCACAUUAGUCUUUAUGGUCCAUCUGUAUCUGUGAUUGAAUUCCUCUGGGAAAGUUAGUUUUGUGUAGAUAAGCUUGGACGAGACCAUUACGACAUUACAGAGGAUUAUAAGAUUACUGCCCUCCCCUUGCACUUGGUUUAAAUCUCCCUGAGGAUUACUCACACUUUCUAUUUUCACGUUGGAAUAUGGAAAUAAAUUAAUUGCAUACGGUCUCCACUGAAAUGAUGUAGGCAGCCAAGGGCAUCGUGUGUUUAAUCUGUUGUAACAUGAGUUCUUCCACUGCUUCAAUGUCUAAAUAAAGAGUUCCAAUGCAGCAAAA